AUGGCAUCAAAUUUCAGUGGAUCACUAACACAAGACUCUGAUGAAGUUAAAGAAAUGUAUUGUGAGGAAUGCGACAGACAUAGUGACGGUUAUGCUACAGCUGUAGCUUUCUGUGUAGAUUGUGUGGAUUAUUUAUGUGUGGCCUGUCAAAGAUAUCAUGAAAGACAUUUCACAACACAUAAAAUCCAUGACAGUAACAAUAUGCCACAGGAAUUUUAUUUUGAGAAAUGUUCCACACAUCCUGGACAGCUGGUCAAGUUUUUUUGCUCUGAAUGUAACAAAGAAGCCUGCCAUGAAUGCAGGAAUAAUGAGCAUGUAAACUGCAGUGAUGUUAACCAUUUACCAACCCUUGCUUCAGAAAUACAAGAAAGUGAUGAGCUAAUAAACAUAAGAAAAGACAUAAAUCAAUUAUCAAAGGAUAUAAAAGACACGGAAAAGGUGUUGGAUGGCAAAAGUGAAUUGAUUAAGAAACAAGAGGAAAAUGCAACUGACGCAAUUAAAGAGCAAAGCAACAAGCUGGUAGCAACUUACAUACAACAUCAUCAAGAUCUAAUUGAUGAUUUUGAUAAGACAAUGGAAGAGACGAUUGCUAGGUUGAAGAAAAAAAGGUCAGAACUAAUUCAAAAAGUUUCUGAAAAAGAAAGAAAAUUUGGAGAAAAAGUAAGAAAAGCUGAAACAGACAUGAGAGAAAACGUUGUUAACACAAACACAACCUUUAAACUACUCAUGACGGAACAUUUGAAUUUGGUUGGAAAUUUGAAGGCUCUCACCGUUGAUCUAGAACAGGCUCAGAAAUUAGGUCAAAACUAUGAAAGAAUGAUCAGACUGAUUACAUUUUCUGAGGAAAUGGAAGUUUUAGAUACCACUGAGAUACCAGGACAAGGUUGUUGUUUUGGAAUUGCUUACAGUAAUAGCCAUCUUGUUGUUUCAUAUUACAAAUUAAUGUUACAUGAUUAUCUUACGAUUAUUAGAAGUAGUAUUAAGAUUUUAAGUAUGUCAGGUAAAAUAGUGAAAUCAUUUGACAAUGGUGACUAUGGUCAGGAUCUGUUUAACAUUCCUUAUUACUUGACUGUCAGUCCUGACAAUACUAUGAUAUAUGUCUCUGAUUGUGGCAGAAACACUGUGACCUGUUUGACCUUUGAUGGUGAGGUGAAGGCCAUCUACAAAGAUGAUCAACUGAAAAAUCCUCACCAACUUGCUGUUGAUGAAUAUGGAUCGGUUUAUGUGUGUGGUCAUGACUCAAACAACGUCCAUCUAUUAUCUCGCGAUCUCAGCAAAGUGAAAAUACUAGAUAAAAGUCAUGGCAUACAUACACCAUCAAGUAUUGCAUACUGCCUGAAUACGAAGAAAUUAUUUGUGGGAAUGAAUCAAAGUAGUAUAAUAAAGGUUUUUAAUGUGACACUUGAAUAA